GCUUUCCCCAGAAGACUACGCAAUCCUACUCCAUCCCCCUCCCCAUAUCCUGCUUCUAUUGGGUAUAAAACCUGCCUGGGCACUCCUUCGAACAUGGUGAACAUGCCUAAGACCCGCCAGACAUUCUGCAAGAAAUGUGGGAAGCACCAACCCCACAAGGUGACACAGUACAAGAAGGGCAAGGAUUCUCUGUAUGCCCAGAGAAAACGACGUUAUGACAGGAAACGGAGUGGCUAUGGUGGGCAAACUAAACCUAUUUUCUGCAAAAAGGCUAAAACUACAAAGAAGAUUGUGCUGACACUGGAGUGCGUUGAGCCCAACUGCAGAUCUAAGAGGAUGCUAGCUAUUAAGAGAUGCAAGCAUUUUGAAUUGGGAGGAAACAAGAAGAGAAAGGGCGGGCUGGUGAGAUGGCUCAGUAAGAGUUCAAAUCCCAGCAACCACAUGGUGGCUCACAACCAUCUGUAACGAG